AAAUCCAUUCUUGUGCCGUUUCUCGGAAAAGCUUUUCAGUAAAUGCACUCAUGCUGCUCCAGGAGCUCUUCUCUGCAACAAGCCACCCAUCUGCCAUCAACAAGUUAAGACCAAGAGAACUAACGGCUGCGGAAAGGAGACUGAAGCUUUGAUUAACCAGCUGAGCAGUUAGAGGUGGAGAAAUUUAGUAACUUAUAUUCAAAACUGAUUUAAGGAUCAGAGCAAUCACAGAAAAUGAAACCAAUGCUUUCCAGAGGAAUAUCUUAAGGAAAAAAACAACUCAUCCUGGUGGAUUCAAUUUUACUUGGAAAGCCUGAGACAACAGAAAACAGGAAACUGGUCAAAGGCUCCUACAUGUUAGAGCCUUUUACAGACUCACUGCGUUGAGUCUAACAACCGCGACUGAAUGCAGCCUCCAAUGUGCUCAGAAGAAUGGGCUUACAUUUCAAGUGGCCAUUAGGGGCCCCUAUGCUGGCAGCAAUAUAUGCAAUGAGCAUGGUUUUAAAAAUGCUGCCUGCCCUGGGUAUGGCGUGUCCACCCAAAUGCCGCUGCGAGAAGCUGCUCUUCUACUGCGACUCUCAGGGCUUCCGCUCAGUGCCAAACACGACAGACAAGGGCUCUCUGGGCCUGUCCCUGAGGCACAAUCACAUCACAGAGCUCGAAAGAGACCAAUUUGCCAGCUUCAGUCAACUUACCUGGCUCCACUUAGAUCACAAUCAAAUUUCAACAGUAAAAGAAGAUGCUUUUCAAGGACUAUAUAAACUUAAGGAAUUAAUCUUAAGUUCCAACAAAAUAUUUUACUUGCCAAACACAACUUUUACCCAACUGAUUAACCUGCAAAAUUUGGACCUGUCUUUUAAUCAGCUGUCAUCUCUGCACCCAGAGCUCUUCUAUGGCCUUCGGAAGCUGCAGACCUUGCAUUUACGUUCCAACUCCCUGCGGACUAUCCCAGUACGCCUGUUCUGGGACUGUCGUAGUCUGGAGUUUCUGGAUUUGAGCACAAACCGUUUGCGAAGUUUGGCUCGCAAUGGAUUUGCAGGAUUAAUCAAACUGAGAGAGCUUCACCUAGAGCACAACCAGCUGACGAAGAUUAAUUUUGCUCAUUUCCUACGGCUAAGCAGUCUGCACACACUCUUCUUACAAUGGAACAAAAUCAGCAACUUGACAUGUGGGAUGGAGUGGACCUGGGGCACUUUAGAAAAGCUAGACCUGACUGGAAAUGAAAUCAAAGCCAUCGACUUGACAGUGUUUGAAACAAUGCCUAAUCUUAAAAUACUCCUCAUGGAUAACAACAAGUUAAACAGCCUUGAUUCCAAGAUCUUAAACUCCCUGAGAUCCCUCACAACCGUUGGCCUCUCUGGCAAUCUAUGGGAAUGCAGUGCCCGAAUAUGUGCUCUGGCCUCCUGGCUGGGCAGUUUCCAAGGUCGGUGGGAGCACUCUAUCCUAUGCCACAGUCCUGACCACACCCAAGGAGAGGAUAUUCUAGAUGCAGUCCAUGGAUUUCAGCUCUGCUGGAAUUUGUCAACCACUGUGACUGUCAUGGCUACAACUUACAGAGAUCCAACCACUGAAUAUACAAAAAGAAUAAGCUCUUCAAGUUACCAUGUGGGAGACAAAGAAAUCCCAACUACUGCAGGCAUAGCAGUUACUACUGAGGAACACUUUCCUGAACCAGACAAUGCCAUCUUCACUCAGCGGGUAAUUACGGGAACAAUGGCUUUAUUGUUUUCUUUCUUUUUUAUUAUUUUUAUAGUGUUCAUCUCCAGGAAGUGCUGCCCUCCCACUUUAAGAAGAAUUAGGCAGUGCUCAAUGGUUCAGAACCACAGGCAGCUCCGAUCCCAAACACGACUCCAUAUGUCAAACAUGUCAGACCAAGGACCGUAUAAUGAAUAUGAACCCACCCAUGAAGGACCCUUCAUCAUCAUUAAUGGUUAUGGACAGUGCAAGUGUCAGCAGCUGCCAUACAAAGAAUGUGAAGUAUAAUAUCUACCCGUCAUCAAAAAUCACAUCAGAUAAGUAACCUAUUUUACAUAGUAGAGGCUAAAUACACAUCUAAUUUUUACCAAUGGUGACAUUAAGCCUAAUUUUCCAAACUAAGUGGAGACUUAGUUUUUGAAGUGUUGAAGUAUUUUUAAUUUUUUAAAUGGAACCAUAUUUUAAGUGUUAAAUGAAUCAAUGCUCACAUUAAUUUGCACUCCUGUUGGAAAGUCUAAAAUGCUUACUUCAAAAUAAGAAAUGUAUGUAAUUAUAUACAACUGUGUGUAAACCUUUACACUAAGGUCUCCAUAUGCUAUUUUUUUCUACUGAAAACAAUUUAGAAAGAAGUAUUGGGCAGAAACAGAUAAGGAUCAAUACCUGUUUGAUCAUUGCUCUCCAUCCCAUGUACCACAACUAUCUUGCUGCUUAAAAGGAGACUUAGUAAAGUUCUCUUGUAUGAUAAUUUGGUAUUUACUCAAAUCUUCAAUUUGCUACCAGUGUGGGAAGUAGAAUUUCAUGUAUGCUAAAGACUGGUAAAUAUUAAACAUUCUUCUUCCAGAGUUUUUGCCUGGGUUAGUAGAUAUUAUCAAAAGUCCUUAUUAUGAAAGCAGAACUCUUUAAUGUAAUUCUAAUAAGCUGACUGACUUUAAUAUAUUUACACAAUGAAUCCAAGUGACUGUGAAAAGGUCUCAUUACAAUGAAAUCAAUACUAAAUAAUUACACCGACUUCUUAUCAUACAUUUCUAGUUUCACUUAUAAUGGACAUGAUUUUUGUGGCAUUUAGGCAAUUGUUUUAAACUAGUAUUAAUUGUCAUUGUACUAACUUACUAAAUCCUAUGUUUACAACAAUAUGUGAAAAAAGAUUUAGAAAAUAUUUUGGAGAUAAGACAAACUGAGUCAAUUUAACAAUCCUGACAUGCUCCCUCCAAUGUAAAAGCACACAUACACAUACACAAAUACAUAUACACACACACACACACACACACACACACACUAUCUCUCUCUCUCUCUCUCUCACUCUCACUCUCUCUCUCUCUCAACUAUCAUGAUCAAAGAUGCCUUGACAAAGGGGUUUAAACCUCUUUCUUCUGCUUUUUCCUGAUCUUCAAACCUCAAAGAGCCAAGUAAAAAUAAUUGGCCAGUAACAGGCAUAACACUGAUUCUUGUAUUAUAAAGGAACCAUGGAAAAAAAGCACUUUCUAACUAUUAUAUAAUAAAUUUUGAUCUUUCAAUAAAGAUACGCAUUCACACUGUAAGUGCAGUUCAGUGUAGGUGAAGAAACACUGAGGUGAAUCUCAUGGUGGAACAACUCGACAUGGCUAUGCAGCCACACAGUUGUAACCUGAAGGCUGCACAGAGGUGAGGGAUUAAAAGGAAAGGCAGAUUUUGAAAUCUGACUCUCAGGUUAGCUGGAGUUACAAGACAGCCAAGAAUGAUUAUACACAAUCUGCACCAAACAGGGAAAGAACCUGCUGCUGAAAAGGGAAAGGGGGUAGAUCCUCCAAUGUAAAUAUAAACAUUCCAUAAUUAACAAAUGAUAAGAAUGCCACAUUUUUCAUGCAAAAAAGAAUCACAGGUACUCAGUUUCUUCAAUUAUGAUUUCUACAGAAAGUCUAUUACAUAUUUGGAAUUUAGAUGCAAGCUUCCCAUUCACACAGAAUUUUUUCAUAUAACAUCAUUCCAUAUAUUCAAAAAACUGUAAAAUUACAGCACUAACUUGAUUUUAGAAAAUUACUAUUUUUUACAACUGCCAUUUACUGUAUGUAGAAAAAAGGCAUAAUAUCUUAGGAAAAAAACACUACCAUUUUUAAAGUGAUCUUUUCCCUAACAUCAACAUUAACAUGGUAUCCUUCAUUCAGAGCAUAUUUUCUUCCCAGGAUUGAACUGAAAAUAACAGACUACAGUUAAAUCCAUAAGGUUUAAUCACAAUUUUUUUUCUUUAAUAAUAAGAGAUAGGUACCUUACUACCCUUCACCUAGCAUAUCUCAGUAAAAAGCAGACAAGAUCACAAAUUACAGUAACAAUAUGUUCUCUACAUUUUUAAGGUGGGCAGAUUAGUUUGUCAAAGUCUCAACCCAGUUCAAUUCAGUUGAUCUUGAGUGGUAUUUUUGUCUCUUGUUAAACCAGACCCUGGGCUUGUCUGGGCAGAGACAGAAGCUGAUUUAACAGGAUAGAGCACAGCAUCCUACUUCCCCACAGACAGGCUGAAUUAGAAGCCCCUGUUACAAAUAAGAGUUCCGUGAGCUAAAAUUUACCAACCCAUUUAUCAGAGUGACCACAGCCAUUUGUCAGGUGACAGACAGCCUGGUCACAACAGAACUGUGUCCUGAGCAUGCAAGAUUCCAUCAACCCUGAAGGACAGCAACAGAGUCUUUCCCAUCAUUCCAAACCACAACCAAAAUUAAGAUUCAAACUGGGAUGGGGAAGAAACCUCCUUCUUUGGCUGGGAAUCUCCACCUUAAUCCUUAAAGGACCAUAACUGGCAAAAUCCUUAGUGUACGGAGAAAAGCAAAUUGGAAAGCAAGCCAUUUACUAAUUCAGAGAAACAACAUAGCUAGUGAGGCAUACUUUCCAGUUGAAAAAAAAAAAAUCAAAAUUUUUUGCCCUCCAUUUUUUUUUUUUUUUUUUGGUGAUGCCCUUUAAGAAAAGUGAAUAACAGUAGUACCAAAAAGGUAUUUUCCUUUUUUAUUUAAAGCAAAAAUUUCCCUUUUUAAUUGCCUAUAGAAGGCAAGAUUUCCUUUAAUUUUUGUCCAUUUGUGUUUCAGAAUCAGCACAGGUUUGAAGAUUAGACUGUUAGUCAUCUGUGCUUUCUUUACCAAUUGGCUAGAACGGAACAGGAUCACAGCAACGCUGCGGAUCUUGGUUACACAGUGUCAGGGCUUUUGUUUUUUGGUGGGGUUUUAUCCUCUUCACCACCACCACUCAUUCCAUUUUUUUUUUUUUUUCCUAUUUUUAAGAUUAGGGGAAAAUGACCGUUAAGAACCAGAAAAAUAAUUAACCUCUCUGGAACUAGGAAAGAUAAAGAAGACUAUGAUAUCAUACCACCAAGAAACCAAAAACUAGUUUGAUAUCGUUUAUAUUCAUUUCUGAAGCUUGCCAGGGAUUUCAAUCACCUUUCUGAAAAGAGUGGGCUGAUAAACUUGCAAAUCCAUACACAACUCUGAGAAUACCCACUGCCAGCAUCAAAAAGCAAAGAUACUAAUUUUUAAGCCAAAAAUCUGUACUAACACAUGUAAUUUCUUAAUGUGCCUAAGUUAAUUUCUGUACCAAUUCAAUAAAUGGAAUUGACUGAACUUCCCAACGCCAUUAAUUAUUAAAAUCCAUCUGCUUAUUCUAAUGCUAGUCACCAAGAGCUAGACUCCAUCUUUCCAAUAAAAAUGAGCCCCAUGUAGAACUAGGUUUGAAUUCUAAAAUUCAAAACAGGCAUUUCAUUUUCUUAAGGCACACUUCCUACACACAGCUAUCAGGGGAAAAAGCUAUAAAUGUCCUGUUCUUUUUCUGAAGUGUGGAUAUCAAUACAAAAUUUGUUAAAGAAUAUUUUUAACAGCUGACUUACAUGAUCAUUUUCCUAAUACAGCAAUACAGCAACAGACCUAUCUGAAAAGUCUGUUUUGGGACAUACUUUUCAUAUCUUAUUGGUUAAAGCCCUUGAACCAGAAAAAGACAAGAAAAGAGACAAUAAGGCCAUCUAUAUAGAUAAUUAAAUAUUUCUCUAACCUGGAGCAAACUCAUAGUACUUGAAUAAGGCCAAAAACAAACAGAAAAUGACUGUUCGAGCUUUCAUUCUGCUAUUGCAAACAUUUGGAAACUUCUGCAACUCUUUCAACUAACAUUUUGUCCUCAGUGGGUUGUUUUUUUGUUUUAAAUCUGAUAUAUGGAAUGUUUGGUGAAACUUCCUAUCAACACUGAGACUGGAAACUCAAAGUACAGUCCAAAUACAUUGUGUUCAAUCACUUUCAAGAGCCAUCUUUCUUUUUGGGUGGGAGGUGGGCAGAUGGGUUGAGGGUGGGAAAAAAAUACUAUUAUUCAGGGGGUUUUGGGAGGGGGAGGGUAACAUAAAGAGCAGUGUACAGGAAAGUUUUGUUAUUAAAAUUGUGUCUACUAUAAAAA